AUGUUCAAGAAGAAGCCAACAGUCAAGCCUUUGGCGCCGCUGCGGUCGUCGGACCGCCGCAAGACAGCCGACAGCAUCAUCGCCGAGUAUGGCCUUCAACCCAAAGCGAACGACGACACCAACGUCGAGGACAAAGCAGCCGCCACUGCAGAAACAACCGCCCUAAGAAACGCCCUACUGCCUGAUGGUAUUCAAACUGCAAGAUUCACAACAACCCACGGACCCGAUCUCAAACAAGUCUCUGGAACCGUCUAUGUCGGAGCAUACCCUGGAGAUGACGCUCGAGUCCUCUGGUUCAAGAUUGAGGAUCGCAUGUAUCCUACUGUAUACACACUGUGGAAACAACCUGGCAUUGUGCCUCUGCUACACACUCCUGGCUUUGUCGUCCAGAAGUUGCAAGGCGGCGCAGAUCUCAUGACUCCAGGCCUGGCCAAUGGUCCUCCCUUCCACCCAAAGGCUACCAAAGGUGCUGUGGUCGCUAUUGCAAGCCUUGAACAACCUUCAGUACCUGUUGCUGUUGGCGCUUGUUUGAUCGACGUCAGCUCACUUGGUGCUGUUCAAGGUUCUCGCGGCCAUGCAGUGCAGAACAUGCAUUGGGCUGGCGAUGAAAUCUGGUCCUACAGCAAUUCCAACAAGCCCGGACUCAGCCCACCAGAAUCUCUUGAAGGAUGGCUUGCAAGCAAGGAUGAUGAGGAAAAGUUAGCCGAGCAGGCCUCCGAGUUGACUAUCGACGAUGAAGAGGAAGACCAAGGAGGUGUCAUCUUGGACAAAUCUGCUUCUGACCAGCCUGACCCAUCAGAAGGUCUAGGGGAAGAUGCUCCCGCACAUGAAGGUUUGGUAGAGCAAGUAGAAAUCAAGGAACUAACGACCAAGGAAAUUGACGAUGCCUUCCGCAAAGCCUUUCUCUACGGCGUCUACCACCACAAAGAAUCCAAUUCCAACCAACCAAACUUCGGCCUCGAAUUCCCCUUGACACAAUCAUUCGUCAUGUCCAACCUCGUUCAACCUUUCCUUCCCGCCUACACGCCCGACCAAGCAAACUCGCUCCAAAUCAAGAAAUCAAGUUACAAGAACAUCAAGAAAUUCAUAAAGUCACUAGACAAGGCCAAGAUCGUAAAGACGAAAGAGAGAGACCAACACGAGACCAUCAUCCUAGACAUUGACUUUGAAGACGCUGCCAUUGUCGAUUUCAAGCCUUAUCGUUUGCCCAAGAAAGAGACAGCAGCAGGAACAAGUCUAGGCCGUGGCGCAAAAGCAACCGCCGAACCCGACUCUACAGCCGACAGCUCCAUCGGUCAAAAACUGGAAAAACAACAAUACUACAAACUCAAGGAGAGAUUGCUGCCACUCUUUGAACCUGCCGGCGCAUCCUCGCAAUCUCUGUUUACAGCUGCGGAAAUCAAACCCAUCGUAACCGCCUACAUCGAAGCUGAAAACCUCGUCAAUGCGAAGAAUAAACGUCUCGUUACUCUAAACCCAACACUUGCAAAUGCAGUUUUCGAUGGCUCGACAAGUCUAGACAAGGAAGUGCUGGCUAAAGGCUCUGUGCCCCGAGACGCCCUUUUCGAUCGUAUCUUGCAGACCUGUGUUCCUCACUACGCCAUCAUACGCACUUCACCCUCUGCCUCUUCCACUCCAAAACCCAAAUCCGGCACUGCUCCCAAGAUCAAGAUUACGCUCGAAACACGCUCGGGCAAUAAAACCGUCACCAAAAUCUCGGGCGUGGAGGCUUACUUUGUUCCUCCCCAGCCGCUGGCGGAUGAAUUGAGAAAGGUUUGUGCGGGCAGUAGUAGUGUUGAGCAGUUGCAUGGCAGCAGUCCCAAAGCUCCGGUCAUGGAGAUUAUGAUCCAAGGGCCGCAGAAAGAGGCUGUGAUGAAAGCGUUGGAGAAGAGGGGUGUACGACCUGCAUACAACUCAGCAUGCUUGAAGCGUUUAUUGCUCGCCAUCCUAUUGUGCGAAGGAGUGCCAUCAAGAUCAGUAGGCAGCGGUCUCUUUCUCGAAUUGUCCAUCGACGAAGAAGCAGGCAAUCCAGUACUUGCUCCUCUGGUCGCCGAUUCCAGCAAUGCAGCCAUGGUUUGA